AUGAUCGGUGUUAACAGCAUCAACAGCAGCGGCAACGCUGGCCGCCUCCGGGCGCGCUCCAUGUGCUCGGUGCGUUAUGGGCGCAACUGCCGCGGCGUGGAGACCUUCUGCUACGGCUGGCCGCAGCGCUCGCGGACCCUCAAACCCGUCCUCUACACAGAUCUGGUAGUCAACCGCCUGCAGAGCCGCAGAAAGAAAAAGCCGGCUGUAUAUAGUUCUAUCAAGAAUGAAAAGCUACAGUGGGCCAUAGAUGAAGAAGAGCUGCGAAAGUCCCUUUCAGAACUGGCAGACCCCAACUCAAAGUCCAUCAAACGCAUCAGCAGCUGCAGCAAUCCUUUCCUGGACUUCUCACAGGAUCCCAGCAUUGCUAUGUACAAGCACGGUCUCCUGGUGCGCAAGAGCCAUGCUGAGCCAGAUUGCAAAAAGACUCCAAGAGGAAAACGGGGGUGGAAGACUUUCCAUGGGAUACUAAAGGGAAUGAUUUUGUAUCUACAGAAGGAGGAAUAUAAACCUGGCCAAGCCCUGGCUGAGGAAGAUCUGAAAAAUGCCAUCAGCAUCCAUCAUUCACUGGCCACCCAAGCAUCAGAUUACAACAAGAGACCCAACGUUUUCUACCUCAGGACAGCUGACUGGAGAGUCUUCCUCUUCCAAGCCCAGAACACAGAUCAAAUGCAUUCCUGGAUCACACGAAUUAAUGUGGUAGCAGCCAUGUUCUCUGCACCACCAUUUCCAGCUGCCAUUGGAUCCCAAAAAAAAUUCACUCGUCCAUUAUUGCCCAGUUCUACCACAAGACUAUCACAGGAAGAGCAACUGAAGACUCAUGAAAUCAAAUUUAAAGCCAUGGCAGCAGAGCUUUUAGAGCAUCGUUCCUCCCUUCCUGAGAAGAAGGUGAAAGGCAAGGAAUAUGAGGAACUGAAGCAGAAAGAAGAGUAUCUGAUAUUUGAAAAAUUACGCUAUGGCAUUUAUGCUACACUAAUGCGCACCAAGCUGAAGACUGGCUCUGAGGAUUUAGCAGCUUUGGAAGCCACCCUAUUUGAUACAGUGGGCAGCACAGAAGACAGCUUCAAGGGAUCCCAGUCCAGCCUUUCCCUGAACCUGGAGCCAGCUGGCACAGGUUCCAAGAUGAAACGCAGCAAUCAGCAAACUACUAGUAACCAGCAAAAAUCAUAGGUGAUCACUCUUGUCAAAGAAAAUGGCAUUCCUGUCCUAGAAAUUUGCAAGUCGUCAUUCCUCAUGGUCAGGAGUCACACACUGAAGACAUUGUUAAUGGACCCAAUUCUGUAUUAACUUCAUCAUGGAAAGACCUAUCAUGACUGCAGUCCCACUCUAUACAGCCUUCCCAGUAUUAUCAGACUAUGGCUCAUGGGUAAAAGAACCAAAAUCCACGGUUAAGUAACAGGGCUGCAUUCUUAAUCAGUGCUUCACUAUAUCAACUUUUUCCAUCUCUUGCAAAACCAAGAGUAGGGGAGUGGAAGAAAGGAGUAUACUUCCCUACUUUUUCUUACAUUUUUUGUGAUAUAUUUUACAUUUUUUAGUACCUGAUAAUGCUGAAUCACACUGGAAUAGAAAAAGUAAUUUUGACAUUGCAUAAGAUAGACAGUUAUUACAUUCAGUGAAUACUUUUGCAUAGAGUUUUGGGGGCAGAGGCUCCUGCUCUUCCUUGCAGAUACAGUGCUGUAUGGUCAGCCUGCAGGAGCAUCUUCAUGGAAGCCCAAUUCUUUCACCACCAGCAGCUCUCCUGGAGUGGCUCAGUUAUUUUCUCACCAGCACAAGCUGGAUCAUGACUUAUCCUGAUAAUUGUUCAGCACUUACAAAACUGGGCAGAGGGUGCAUAUAUUUCAAAGGGACCAGCACAAAAUCAGGGACAGUGGAUGCCUCCCAAGUGGCAGCUGGACAAUGCCAUAAUAGGGCAAUCCAUCAGCACACACUUGUCUAAUAGUUCUCCUCUUCCACAGCAGAACACCCUAGGCAGUGGGCCUGCU